AGGCCGGCCCCCCGCGCGCAGGGCCGCCGCGGCCCCAUGCUGCUGCCCCUGGCGUGCCUGCACGGCCGGGUGGCGCAGUGCCUCACCGCGCUCCUGGUGCUCGCAGAGCCGCCCCCGAGGCCCCGGCGCGGCGCGAGGGCGCACGGCGCGCCGCCCCCGCGCGCGGAGGCCGCCCUGCCCGCGAAGAUGGCCGCGGAGCUCUACGCGCCCGCCGGCGCCGCAGCCACGGCCGCCACCGCCACGGACAUCGCCAACAGCAACGCCGCCGCCGCCGCCGCCGCGGGCAGGAAGGGACGGCCCAGCGCCCCGCUGCCCUCCCUGCCACCGCCCGCGCCCGCGCCGCCCGCACUCGACAACAACAACUUGGAGAGCCCCAACUGGCAGUCCUUCCACCCGACCCUGCGCGAGAGGAACGCGCUGAUGUUCAACAACGAGCUCAUGGCCGACGUGCACUUCGUCGUGGGGGCCCCGGGCGCGGCCCGGAGGGUGCCUGCCCACAAGUAUGUCUUGGCCGUGGGUAGCUCUGUCUUUUAUGCCAUGUUUUACGGGGACCUGGCAGAAGUCAAGUCAGAAAUCCACAUCCCUGACGUGGAACCUACAGCUUUUCUCAUCUUGUUAAAGUACAUGUACAGUGACGAGAUUGACCUGGAAGCGGACACGGUGCUGGCCACUCUGUAUGCCGCCAAGAAGUACAUUGUCCCCGCGUUAGCAAAGGCCUGUGUAACCUUCCUGGAGACGAGUCUGGAAGCCAAAAACGCCUGUGUGCUGCUGUCCCAGAGCCGGCUGUUCGAGGAGCCCGAGCUGACCCAGCGCUGCUGGGAGGUGAUCGACGCUCAGGCUGAGAUGGCCCUGAGGUCCGAAGGCUUCUGUGAAAUUGACUGGCAGACGCUGGAGAUCAUCGUGAUGCGGGAGGCCCUCAACACCAAGGAGGCUGUGGUCUUCGAGGCGGUCCUGAGCUGGGCCGAGGCAGAGUGCAAGAGGCAGGGCCUGCCAGUCACCCCGCGCAACAAGCGGCAUGUUUUGGGGCCAGCCCUCUACCUGGUCCGAAUUCCAACCAUGACCCUGGAAGAGUUUGCCAACGGCGCCGCCCAGUCGGACAUCCUGACGCUGGAGGAGACCCACAACAUCUUCCUGUGGUACACGGCGGCCAACAAGCCCCUCCUCGAAUUCCCCCUGACCAAGAGGAAGGGCCUCGCCCCGCAGAGGUGCCACCGCUUCCAGUCCUCCGCCUACCGCAGCAACCAGUGGCGCUACCGCGGGCGCUGCGACAGCAUCCAGUUUGCCGUGGACAGGAGAGUAUUUAUUGCGGGGCUAGGCUUGUACGGCUCUAGCUCAGGGAGAGCGGAGUACAGCGUGAAGAUUGAACUCAAGCGGCUGGGGGUGGUCCUGGCGCAGAACUUGACCACGUUUGUCUCCGAUGGCUCCAGCAGCACCUUCUCAGUCUGGUUUGAACACCCCGUGCAGGUGGAGCAGGACACCUUCUACACCGCCAGCGCCGUCCUGGAUGGCAGCGAGCUCAGCUACUUUGGGCAGGAGGGCAUGACCGAGGUGCAGUGUGGGAAGGUGACCUUCCAGUUCCAGUGCUCUUCCGACAGCACCAACGGGACCGGGGUCCAGGGCGGGCAGAUCCCUGAGCUCAUCUUCUACGCCUGAGGCGCUGUGGGGUGGCAGGGAUGCACUGCGAGUGGCAGGCCCUUCCUCUACAGGCAGCCCGUGACCCACCACCUCGAAGGGUGAGCUCGCGGUGUGCCUCCUCUGCAAGUAGCCGGCUGGAGCCUGAAGCUGUGACACAAGACGCUUUCCUACACAGCCAGAGCCUCGGUCUCUGCCAUCUCCUGUACGUUGGGGCGCACAUCCCAGGUGGAGGGCAGACUUGGGGGGCACAAGGCAGGCUCCAGAUUCCCUCACAGGGGCACCCACACUGCCUGCUUUGAGGGCUUUGCCGUCUCGUAUCCUCUUGGAUUCUAUUCUAAGUGGUUCUAAGCUUAAGUUCUGUUCAAAUCUAAAAUGGGAAAAGUCACUUAAAGUAGUUCACCUGUUUAAGUGGAUUUUCAUAAUAAAGUUUUAACAAAAUGA